AUGGCGGAACACUUGGCUUACACAUUUGGAGAUUUCGAGGAUCUUUCAACAAUCCUAAUUUCACGGCCAGGCGAUGGUCACAUCGUUUAUGCUGCCUUUGGGGAAGAUAAAAGUGUCCUGUUGUGUGAAGCGGAGAACGCUUUUGCUAAUUUAGCUGAAAAAUCCAAGAAAAGGUAUAUUCUUCAAGAACGAAAAGGUGGUCAGAGCGUUGAUUACGUCGGUCAAGUGCUUGAGAAACGAUUUCCGGCACCACAAGUAGAGUUUAUUUUCGGCACGGAUUUUCAAAGGCAGGUAUGGAAACAAUUAAUGAACAUAGACAGUGGUAGCACAACCACAUAUAAAGCUAUUGCUGAGGUGCUUGGUAUGCCAACAGCGUCAAGGGCUGUAGCCAACGCUUGCGCACAAAACAAGAUUGCCCUAUUCGUACCAUGUCACCGAGUGUUGAGAACAAAUGGUGAUCUAGGUGGCUACAGGUGGUCCCUUCCCUUAAAAAGAAACUUGUUGAAUCUUGAAAAGAUAAAGACGCCACUAUCAGCCUCUGAUUGA